CGCCGGGAAAUGCGACAACGAUGCGCUACUCCAUGAGGGACGAUUCCAGUUCGCCAGAGGGCCCUGGGUCUGGGCUGCCUCUCACCCGCGAGGAGCAGCUGAGAUUAUGGCAAGAGAAAACCGGCCGGCGACGAAACACAACUUCGACCAUGAUCCCCAAACUCAACCCGCCUACAGACGCUGGACGCAAGAGGAGGCAUGCAGCACGCCACCUCGGUAGCAGCGACGACAACGAACAUCGCAACCAUGAGUCAAGCCCGUUCGACAGCAUUCCCACACCGCCGCAGUUCCAGUUGUUCGUCAAGCAGAGGUGGUUCGAUGAGGCGCCUAUGAGGGAGGAUCUGCUCAUCAAGUCGGAGGGAAGGUCGCCUGAGGGCUAUCUCAUCCCGUGCUCGUCUCCGCCGCAGCAGCCUGACCCGAUGCAGCAGCUGCAGAGCGACAAUGGCGACGAGCCCCUUGUGGAGGGCGGUUUUGACGGCGAGUGGGGCGAGGCCUUCCUCUCAGAAGACGACAAUGACAUCGGUGAGCCUAUCGGCCCCUAUCGUCCCUCGUCCGUGAACCUGCUGUCAUCUCUCGAGGCCAAGAUCACACAGGUGGCCUCACAGAUCAGCAGGGUGCGCGCGCGGGCGACGGAUGGGCACAGCAGCGGGGCCAAGAGCCCCGAGGGAGGCCGUGAGGUGAAUGUGGGUAAGGUCAUGGGUGUGGGUGGGAGUCGGCUGGUGUCUGCUGCUGGUGGCCAGGGGAGGGGAGGUGGUGACGGCAUCGAUGGGGCAGGGGAUGGCGAGCAGGAUGGUGAUGACGAUGGGUGGAGGAGGCGGCGCGCCAUGUCCACUGACGGCACACCCACACGGCCGCUGCGUGAGCUGCAAGGGAGGGAGGGAUGUGCACCCACAGAAAUAAGGUGUAUGCGUUGAUUGCCCUCUCUGUGUGUGUCUCAUCCAUCCAUCAGGUUAUGGCUCCCUGCGUGAGGAGCUGGAUGUGUUAGGUUCGAUGGUUGAUGAGCUCAAGACCGGCUUGCAUCAGACCACAGACGUCAUCAAACAUCUACAGCGCAACGAACAACAGGUACACACGACAAAACAUACAUACACAAGUACACGUUAAACACACUAUCUUCGUUUCGGUUGCAGUAUCAAUCGCAGCUGGAGUCGGCCCACGAGCGCAUCGUAGCUCUAGAGGACCACAACCGCGACCUCACUCACCAGUUGGCGCAGCAUCGCAUCGACCGUUCGUGUGUGUCGCCGUCUUCGCCCGGUCUGCAGUCGCUCGCCGAGGCACGGCUGCGGGCACGCUACGAGGCGCUGCUGAGGGAGAAGGACGAGGAGAUCCAACGAAUCACGAAGGCCAACAGGUGGGUGAGGGACGGGCAGUAGCUGUUGUUUGUAGGCAGACAUCUGUGUCCACGCUCCGUAUGUGUGUGUGCAGGGGCCCUGACGGUGAAGAGCUGACGGAGACGCUGCGUGAGAUCCAAAGUGCCAACGAGGAGCUCACAACGCAGCUCGUCAAGGCUCAUGCACUCAACCAGGUACAAAUGAGACCACAGCUUAAAUGGCCUCGUGACGGUGCGUAUGCGUGUGAGUGUGUGCGUGCAUGUAUUGUGCAGGCGUUGCAGCGGAAGUAUGUGCAGGGGGAGGAGAUCCGCAGCCGCCUGCACGCCUUCGUCGAGACCCUAAGGGGACCCAUACGCGUGUUUGUCAGGUCCGCACACAACUGACCGGCUGUUCGUUUUUCUGCGAAGUGUGCGUGCGUGCGUGGAUGUCCUUACUCGUGUAGGGUGCGUCCGUUGAUUGGCCGUGAGGUAGUGGAUCACCAGGGAGAGCCGCUGCCGAUUGACGUAGGUGGCAGAGAGAGUGGAAGGUCACGUCAAGAGGUAGGUACCUCUGCUGCUUUGGUUUUCCCGAAGGUGUUGGAUGUGGACGACGGCCGGUGUGUGGAGUGGUUGUGCCCAAAACACAUGCAGCAGAGGGUCACGGUAGGUGAACACACCCAAGCAAGGCAAGCGAAGCGGGUGACCGAUGGAUGCAUCCCCUUUGUUUGUGCAGAACACGCGUCUGCUGUACCAAUUCGAUCGCGUGUUUAGCCCAGAGGCCACGCAGCACGAGGUGAGUGGAGUGAAGCGCUGCACUGAACCCCCUUCAUGCCCGUACGUAUUCUGUGUCUGCAUGGGUGUAUUUGUACUGCAGGUCUACGACGUGGCGUGUGCGCCUCUGAUCCAGUCGGCCCUCGACGGCAAACGAGUCGCCAUAUUCGCUUACGGACAAACCGGCAGCGGUAACCGCCGCACGUAUCCACCCACACACCCUACAGCAGCAUAUCAAUGCUCUUGCCUUGUGUGCAUCCAUCCAUCCAUCCAUCCAUCAGGCAAGACGUACACCAUUCUCGGCCCUGCGGGUCUGGUGGGGACCGAGGAGGGUGCGGCCAUGCACAGUGCCUCGUCCAUCCACGACGAGGGCCUCAUUCAGCGGGCCGUGCGGCUCAUCUGGGCGGAGAGGACACGCAUGGAGGGCACACGCAGGGCAUUCGCUGUACAGGUACGUUCAAAGUGCCGAAAGAGAGCGGUGUUCGUGGAUCUUGGCUAAUGUCGUUUUAUGGUCUUUCUGUCAGGUUGUGUGUGUGGAGCUGUACAAUGAGUCGUGUCGCGAUUUGCUGACUGGGCAGGCCGCCACUGUGGCUUUGCUGCCCGGCCGCACCACGGGCCCACUUGGCAAAGUCGACGUCCGAAACAUACACCCCACCGUGUAUGAAGGCACCUCACGAUGACCUGUGCUUCACUCUGUAUGUGAUGGAUGGAUGGCUGGGGGGAUGACGUCUGUGUGUUGGUUCAGUGCCGACACGCAGGAAGAGGUGUUGGAUCUCCUGCAGCAGGCGGCUGCAAACAGACAAACCGACAGGUGAGGACAAAAACACAAGCCACACGAACGGAGGAGUCUGCAUUGAUCACUCAUCAGGACUCAUCGCAACGCCACGUCGUCCCGCAGCCACGCGGUGUUUCAGCUCAGGUUCAUGCCCGUCGCCACUCGCACAUCUGCGGACCCGUCAAUGCAACACCACAACAAGUAGGACGGAAGGCAACGAGCCAGAGUGUACAUCAGACACACAUUGGUUGGUUGGUUGGUUGUGUGCAGGUACGGCAGUGUUAGCUUUGUUGACCUGGCGGGCAGCGAGCGUCUGGAGACGCAACAGGUGUGUGCGGAUGUGGACAACUCACACGCGACCCGUGUGGCCCGGCUAACUUGUAUGCAUCUUGGUCGGUUCAGGUCGGAUCGAAGCAGCUGAACGAGGCGCGGUCCAUCAACCUGUCCCUGGCCCACCUGGCCCAGUGUGUCACAGACCUGGCACAAAACAACAAACACGUCAACUUCAGGUACCACUCACUGCACACGGCCAUGGAAUCCCUGUCGCCUGCAUUUCUGCGUCUCUUGGGUGUGGUGCAGGAACUCCCAGCUGACUUGGCUGCUGCAAGACUGCCUCGGCAGCAACCCCGACGAGUCGCAGUGCGCGUUUGUGGUGAACCUGAGCCCUUUGCCGCGUCACGCCUGGGAGAGCAAGUAUAGCUUGAACUUCGCGUACAAGAUAUCUCUCGGCAUUCGGGCCGCCAGAAAUGAGGGCGCUCCUGCAAAUGCGUGGGGCGCCUCCGUGUGAAUGAGAGUGGGGAUGGAUGCUGGGGCGGGCUCCUGAAUGAGACACUCUCGUGGUGAUGCUGUCGAUGGAUGGAUGCAUGACGGACCAUGUAUCUGUGUGCUUGUGCCCGAUGUAUUGCACCUUGUGUGGUUGACAGACGUCAAGGUGAGUGAUGUUUCCUGCUGCACGCCAGUGUUGCGGCUCAGGGAUUUUGACUACGCGGGGUGU